AUGACCGACGCGAGGAUGUCUUCGGAAGACGGGACCUCGGCCGCUCAGCCGCCGAGGAAAGUUCGUUCUGCGUGUCGCCGAUGUCGACAGAAACGGGUCAAGUGCGAUGGGACGAUUCCGGCUUGUGGGAAUUGUGCUCGUGCGAAGGUACCCUGUGUGGAUGUGCAUGGUGGGAAUAAUGACUUGUCAAUCCCGCGGGAUUUUGCUGUGCGAUGCUGCGCCCGCAUCAAAUGGCUGGAACAGCAGAUCUGUUCUCUCCAUCCCGAAUUCGAUCUGUCGCAGGGUCCUCGGGUAAAUGUGGGUUUCAUGGAGAGGCUGUCAUCGCAAGGCAGUUCCCGUACACUGGAAAAUGACGUCCCUGACAUCCCGCCUCGCACUGCAGAAGUUCCCGUGGAAUCUACAGAAGAAGAGACCGGCAACAAGCGAUCUCAUACCACGAUGGAAGACUUGGAAGGGGAACGGCCGAUUUCCGCCAAGGCGCGCUCGGUAGCCAUUGAUCUUGGAAUGCUCUCGCUGCAGUCCGACUCGCGUCAGAAGUAUUAUCUGGGAUCUUCGUCGGGGCUGUUCUUCACAAAACUUGUGGGCUUAGAUAGUGAGCUGCUGUCGUCGAACCCGACGGCUCUUACUACAGUGAAUUCACGCCGGAUAGCGCCUAUGCAUAUCUCGAAUGAGAUUUACCAGUCGCUUUACACGAGGCUGGACAAGGAACUGCCCUCGCCCGAAGAUGCACGCAUUUUACUAGAGAUCUACUUCCAACACAUCCACAUUGACCACCCUUUUCUGCACCCGGCAUCUCUGGUCUACGCAUAUAACGCGCUACGGUCAUGCGUGCAGCGCGGAUACCAUGGAUCGGUCGAUCGGAAUGGCUGGAUUCAUAACGUUGAACCGUUCCCAUAUAACGGAAAAUUUGACAUGCUGGCCGACCAAAAGUUCACGCCAAUCUCAGUUUUCACCGCAGUGUUCCACGUAUUCAUGGCCAUGUCCCUGGCUGCAACGGUGUUGACGCGAAAGAAAAAUUACGACUUCUCUCCCUCACGGCUCCAUCGCAUGGCAAUAUCCACAGCGUCUGAGUGCUUCUCAAGCAUCUCGACAACCGCGUUACAAGCAAUCCUUCUGCUAGCUGUACAGAGCACGAUAGAGCCGGCUGGUCUCAGCAUUUGGACAUUAUCGCACUUGGCCAUGUCGCAUUGUGUCGAUCUGGGUCUUCAUCGAGAGCCAAGUGAUAACUCGGAAAUGUCCUCAUGCGCUAACACGAUUCGAAGAUUCAUUUUCUACACUGUCUACUCUCUUGACCGAUCCAUAGCAACGAUCCAGGGUCGUCCACUAGGCAUACGUGACGAGACAUUCGACGUCAGACCGCCAACAAAUGCAGACAUUCCUGACAUGUUGACCGUGUCGGAGAACGAGCUUACAGUGCGCCUUCCGUCACCUCAGCAUCUUGCGCUGUCAAUUUGCCGCUUCAAAUUGCUCCAGCACAUCUCAGAGAUCAAAAUCCUUUUCUAUCAUCUCCCGACUCAAAGUCGAAGCUUCGUCUGGCCAACAGGCCUGAGCGACAUCCAAGCACGGAUCAAGUCCGAUCUCGACUGCUGGCUAGCAGAGGUCUCGGGCAUCCUUCCUACCGCAGACAUGGAGGAAGAUGAGGUGUUGAAACUGCAUUACGAAAAGAUGCGCCAUGAACAGCUCUACCACUCCACAGUUUCCCUGCUUUUCCAGCCGUCGCAGGUGUUCCCUUCACCGACCCACGAUGCGCUUUCCAUCUGCUACCACAGUUCGAGCAAGCGUUUACAAAUCUACGACAUCCUCGGAAGCAGGGAGAUGCUAUACUACAGCUGGCGUAACAUCCAUGGAAUUUUCUCGUCCGGCGCAACAAUUGUCUACUGUGCCUGGGCAUCUCGCGGUCUCCAGGGCAUGGUGCCUUUCUCUAAAUUAAUGCGCGACUUGCGAAUAUGCUCGAAUCAUCUCAGUAUCGGAAGUCAGUGGUGGCCAUCGGUACGCGAUGGCAAAGAGAGUUUCGAGAAGAUGAUUGACGUGGUUACCAAACAUCUAAGCCACCUCCACGAGCCUUCAUCCCUGCCGCCCCGGCAGCGACGACGCGGCUCACCGAAGCCUCAGCUGGAUCUUCGAGAAAAUGGCGAAACUGAGAUGGGGAAAGAAAGUGUGAAUGUCUUAGCCCAUGAUGGCGCAGGAAACGAUCGGCAAACCCGGUCCUCCGUUUUCCAGGGCGCGAAUGCCGCACUCACGCCGAUGAGCGCUCAGCCACUGUUCGACGGCCAGUUCGAUUUUUUGUCGUUACCGUUUGAUCCGAUAUUCGAUGAACUAGAUGUCAUGCCCAUCGAAUCGGCGAUGGAAAAUUUCAUGGCGGAAUAUCUACACGAUGAUUGGGGCUGGGAUCCGUUUUCUGGGUCGAUGGGCACGUCCGAUAAUCACGCUGCUGGCCCUACUUAG